GUUAAAAUACGUCGUGGGCGUAGCGGCUCCUUGUAAUGGCGACCGUGCCGUAGCUGUGCCCAGGUUUGUGAAAAUGAAGCGAAGAAGAAGUUAUUUCUUUUAAGUGAAUCGCCGAGGUUCCCCUGGAGGAGGACUGCGCGUCUGCGGCCGUCGUGUAUUUACGUGGUUAACUCAGCCGUCCUUCUGAACUCCGCUGCCCCCGAGAUGAUGAAGCUCAAGUCGAACCAGACCCGGACGUACGACGGGGACGGCUACAAGAAGCGGGCCGCCUGUCUGUGCUUCAGGAGCGAGAGCGAGGAGGAGGUGCUGCUGGUGAGCAGCAGUCGACAUCCAGACAAGUGGAUAGUUCCCGGAGGGGGGAUGGAGCCGGAGGAAGAGCCUAAUGUUGCUGCAGCUCGAGAAGUGUGUGAAGAGGCCGGUGUGAAGGGGACUUUAGGUCGCUUAGUCGGAGUAUUUGAGAACCAAGAGAGGAAACACAGAACCUACGUCUACGUUCUUGUUGUAACAGAGGUGCUGGAGGACUGGGAGGACUCUGUCAACAUUGGGAGAAAAAGGGAAUGGUUUAAAAUAGACGAAGCCAUGCGAGUGUUGCUGUGUCACAAGCCUGUGCAGGCCACCUACUUCGAGGCGCUCCAGGAGAGCUGCCUCACCAGUAAUGGAACCCCUUUGGUGACCACGAUAGGUGGGGACCUCUCCCCCACCUACAGCAUCAAUCAGAGCUCAGUCUCUGGCAUCAGAUAACUAAAACCAUAACUCUGACACCCCCUGGAGCUUUUGAGCUUUCGCCACCACUUGCGCUCUUAUUUGUGUCUCUUCUUCUUCUCUUCUUCUCUUCUUCUUCUUCUUCUCUUCCUCUACUCUUCUUCUUUUCUUCUUGUCUCAAUAACAUGGUUUGCCUUGCCAACUCCUUUGUGCCAGAACUGUGGCACAGACUUGAUGACAAGUGUUGAGUGAAAAGUCUGAAACACUUUGUAAAUGUAAUUUUGGACCCCCCCCCCUCCCACGCCACCUCCUUUUUGUUUUUCUUUUUACUGACAACUGCAUGAAAUGUCCUCUUGCUCCCUUCAUUCUCUUUCCUUAAAGCGCCCUUAGCGUGGUGUUUAUUGAAUGCAAGAACUACUUUUUACUGUUGUAAUGUAAAAGUGUAUACUUAGUGCUUAAGCUGAAGGCUUUUGGUGGUCUUUUUAAUGUCUCCUCCAUUUUUCUUUGGUUAUCUCUCUGUGAAUGAAUGGGCCCAUCAGUGAAGACCCCCCCCCCCCCCCCCGCCUCCUGCUGUAAGGAUCAGAAGUGCUGUCUGUGUCUGAAUGAACAGAAUUGUGGGAAGUGACUUGUCUUGCAUGAGCACCGUUGUGUUGCGUCACGCUCAGUCGAGUGACCUGAUGCCAUCCUCUUUUGGAUUAUUUGGAGAAGGUCUCUUCAUUUUGCUACUUAUCGUGGUUGUUGAUGUCUCUUUUUAUCAGAAGGAUACGGCCCCUUAGUAGUCUUUCAAUUUCAAGUGCGCCCGCUCUUAUUUGGGGAAACGACCCAAGCACUACAGGUUUCGUUCUCCCACGGAGCGCACAGACUGUGGAGAGAGUGAAAGAAUUUCAAAGUAUAAUGUAAAUGAACCACCGUUUUCCUCAGUGUCUUUACCUCCUUUUUAAUCCCAUUUUGUUUUCUUUCCUCUUUUUUGUUUUGUUUUGUUUAAUGCUUUUCUUGUGACUGAUAACAAGGUCUUCCUAAACAUACUUAGAGGGUAGAAGCGGUAGAUUUCAACUAUCAUGGACUUGUAAUUUCAAAAUGCAGCACAUAUCACUUAAGUUAUUAAACCCAUUUCCGCAUUUUACUCCUCACAUUCAGUGUGGUUAAAAGCAUUUGUUUACAUUGUGUUCUUGGCACAGGUGACUUUAGUGGGCACUUUUUGUUGUCCUUCUGUCCUUAGUAUUUAAUCUGCAUCCCCAGAAACACUCAAAACACCUGCCUGACGUUGAAAGUAAUGGAAUCUAAAAUGCUGUCUUGGGCAAGAUGCAGAACAACAAGCCUUGUACAGUUUGAAACCUAGUUUUUAACAUGUAAAAUGCUUUUGGAAACUUUUCUUUUUUCUUUUAUUUUUCUCCUCCUCUCUAACGUCUGGCAAAAAGUCUCUUUAACUGAGCUGCGUCACUUGGCCUCUGUGGCACGAGGCAGCUGGCUCAAUACUGUGAAACUGGAGGCGCUGUAGAUAGCAUGUAAGAGGUUUUUAUUGUAAAUUGUUUAUUUCUGUAUAGAUCAAAGGUGAGAGUACAAAUGACUAAACACAUCUUACACAUCAGUGAGUGCUACGUGUCAUCGAGGCUGGGAGAAUUGAUUGAACCUCUGGCUGUCGGUUCUGGAGCAGUUUGGACUUUUCUCUUGAGAUAGCGAAAGAGAACAUCCGAGGAUUGACGAACUGGGGAUGUGGCUGAGAUCGUACGUGCGAGAAAAGAGCCUAUAAUCAAAAACUCUCAAAUAUACUUCAGACCAAAUCCAAUUAACAUCAGGAGAUUUUUUUUUUUUUUUUUGCAUUUACUUUGGCCAAGCUACGAAUUUUUGUGUUUAUAAACCUAUUUAGUUUAGCGCCUGCUGUCUUUUUAGGCUAACAGCUGUUCCACUGGUUUUCAGUAUAUUUCCCUCAGAGUUAAUCUUUCAGUAGUUUAUUUCCCAAAAGCUCAAAGAUCGUUCUGUUAUAUUCUGUCUAUAUUUAAAUCUGCGAAAACAAUUUUUGGGGGGCACUUUGGGACAUUGAAACAAACUUUUGUGUCCAUCUGUUAAAUGGAAUGGUAAUCUACUGUUCUUUAAGCUGCCCAAUUCUCCACUGUUAAUCAGUGUCUGCCGUAUAACUCCAGGCAGGUAACGUACAGUCGAGUUGUAGCCUUUUCAUUGAAAACAAGCAAACGCUAUGAGAAUUGAAGUGACCCAAAACUGUCAAUAGCAUGUCUACAAAUCAUGGGAAUUGCAGUUUACCUUUUGAAUAUGACAUAGAAAACCCCCUGUCAUGGUUCAGGAACUGCUUUUUGUGGGGAAAUAACAUGGAGAACUGAAAGCUAGUGGACUAAAAGCUAAACUAGAUAAGAGACUGAUAAGAAAUGGCGUGGGCCGCGGUGACUUCACCUCCUCAGCGAGUUAGGCUUCACGCAAACUCCUCAGACCAGUUUGUGAUAAUCCAGGAAAGAAACAGCUUUCUCCCCCUAAAUGACAGUGAAGGUGAGAGAGGUCUAAAGUCUCCUUCACAACAAUGAUAGACUUUGAGCUGGUUUUACUGCUGUGUAUCAGAAAGGUGCGGUGGCCAAAGUCCUGCUUUACGAUGCCCGACCUGGCACUUCCUUUGAGAUUUUUUGUGUUGAUUAGCGCUUUUAGUCUUCAUCUCAAUGUGCUAUUAGACUUUUAAGGGGACAAACCAGCUUGUGGCAUGAAAAACCAAACUUAACCCUCGGUAAUUGGCUUGAUGGUUGAAUUCACUCUCUGUGGUUUGAUGUGGGCGAUAGAUACUUGGCAAAAUGAAUGUGAGGAGGAUUUCCACAAGUAACAGCCAGUGACGUGAUUAUUAAUGACCACUUGUUCUUUAUCCAUAUUUUAUUUUGUUCUGCUUUUUCUUUAAUCCGUUGUGUUGUUGACAAGCUAAUGUCUUGUAUAUAGCUAACACAGCCUCCUUACAGCCGGAGGACGCACUCUGGCUUACGGUUAAUAAGGAUUAAUUGAUUAAUAAUUGAUUUUAUUAAUUUUUUUUUUUUUUAAACAACUCCCCUUCAACUCAAAACUCAUGCUCCAUCACAAAUGGAGUAAUUCAGGCUGAAGGUCAGGAGGGCACUUGUGAAAUUAAUGUCUCCAUAUAGUUAACGUUAACAUGGAGCAAACAAUUCUACCCUUUUCUAUGAUAUUGAAGCUUGUGAGCUUUAUUAGGUGAAGACCGAUGGGAUCCACUGAUGAAGAAUAUGUAUCGUCAUCUCCAUUAACUGGCCCCAUCUUGUGGCCAAAGCAAAAAAAUAAAUAUGAAAAAGCACAUCACUAAACAGCUGUGGAUUGUAAAAAUCAGCUAAAUUACGAAAAUAUAAAUUUAUUUAAACCAAAACAUUUCCCCCAAGAUACUUUGCAAAUGAAUUAGAAAACGAACACGUGCACUUGUAGCUGUCAACCUCAGCCUCGAAGUUACUCGUCAUUGUUUUCUCUGAAGUGUGUCACUGGAAUAUUCUUUUCCUCUCUUGUCAUUUGGGACUGUGGAAUUAAACCAGUGCGAGAAGACUGAAGAUUGUAAUAUAAAUGUGCCAACAAAUAAACACCAGUAUUUCACAUUCA